GAAAAGAGAGAGAGAGUUAAUUGCAAAUAUUAGCCAUGUUUCCCAAGCUUCUAAUACUGUUGCCUCUCCUGGGAAGCUUAGUGUUCUCCCAAGAUACCAGCUUCACCUACAAUGGUUUUACAUCGGCCAACCUAAGCCUAGAUGGCUUAGCCAUGAUCACUUCAAAUGGCCUUUUGAGGCUCACCAAUGACACCAAACAGCAACAGGGUCAUGCUUUCUACACAACUCCAAUAAGCUUCAAGAACUCGUUGAAUGACACUGCUUUCUCUUUCUCUACGACUUUCGUCUUUGCCAUUGCUUCCGUAUAUCGAACUCUAAGUGGUCAUGGGAUAGCUUUCGUGAUUUCUCCAACUAGAGGGCGCCCAGGAGCUGUUCCAAGUACUUACCUUGGCCUUUUCAAUGAGACCAACAAUGGUAAUGCUACCAAUCAUGUCGUUGCUGUAGAGCUCGAUACAAUCCAGAACCCAGAAUUUAAAGAUAUCAAUGAUAACCAUGUUGGGGUGGACAUCAAUAGCUUGGAGUCCGCAACAUCUACCUCAGCAGGUUAUUAUGCUGACGGUGGUGCCUUUAUGAACUUGACCCUUUUCAGUGGAAACCCAAUGCAAGUUUGGGUGGAAUAUGAUGGUGUCAAGAAACAACUCAAUGUAACUUUAGCUCCAAUUGAUGUUGGUAAACCCAAAUUUCCACUCUUGUCUUUGUCCCGUGAUCUUUCACCUAUCAUUAACAAAACCAUGUAUGUUGGGUUCUCUUCCGCAACUGGCUCUCUCCUAAUAUCCCAUUAUAUUUUGGGUUGGAGCUUUAAGAUGAAUGGUAAGGCUCAAGAACUUGCCCUUUCUCAACUUCCCAAGCUGCCUCGAGGUGCAACUUAUGUCAUAAAAAGGAAAAGGAAGUUUGCAGAAUUGCUAGAAGACUGGGAGGUUGACUAUGGGCCUCACAGAUUCAAAUACAAAGAUCUUUAUAUUGCUACAAAAGGAUUUGGGGACAAAGAACUAUUGGGUAGUGGUGGAUUUGGUAGAGUUUAUAAAGGUGUACUAACUACCUCUAAAAUUGAGAUUGCCGUGAAGAAGGUCUCUCAUGAAUCAAGGCAAGGAAUGAGAGAAUUUGUGGCUGAAAUUGUGAGCAUAGGUCGGCUUCGCCACAGGAAUUUAGUACCACUCUUGGGCUAUUGCCGAAGAAAAGGAGAACUGCUCUUGGUGUAUGAUUACAUGUCCAAUGGGAGCCUAGACAAGUACCUCUUUGAUCAACCUCAGGUCACCCUCAGUUGGAGCCAAAGAUUUCAAGUCAUAAAAGGUGUGGCAUCCGGGCUGCUUUAUCUACACGAAGGAUGGGAUCAAGUUGUCAUUCACAGAGACGUGAAGGCUAGUAAUGUUUUGCUAGAUGGUGAACUGAAUGGUAGAUUAGGAGACUUUGGUCUUGCAAGAUUAUAUGACCAUGGAACUGAUCCACAAACUACCCAUGUGGUUGGAACUCUUGGGUAUCUUGCACCAGAGCAUAAUCGAAGCGGCAAGGCCACAACAAGCACCGAUGUGUAUGCUUUUGGGGCCUUUAUGCUCGAGGUUGCUUGUGGAAGAAGACCAAUACAGGCAAAUGGGCCAUCAGAGGAUUCGAUUUUGGUUGAUUGGGUGUUUUCUCAUUUAAGCCGAGGCGAAAUUAUGGAGGCAAGGGAUCCAAAUUGUGGUACAAAUUAUGUAGCAGAAGAACUAGAGUUGGUAUUGAAAUUGGGAUUGAUGUGCUCUCAUUCAGAGGCUGCUGCAAGGCCUAGCAUGCGCCAAGUUGUGCAGUACUUAGAAGGUGAUGUUCCUUUUCCAGACUUAUCAUCGCUUGGUCUUUGUUCCACCGGCUUAACAUUUGCCCACGGGGAACGUUUCGAUGAUUUUUUCAUGACCUAUCCGUCUUCUAUGAACAAGGGGUUUUCUUAUUCGUCUUCCAUUGCAGAUUCGCUUCUCUCAGGGGGACGCUGAUACUGAAAGCUACUAAUAUCCACAAAAGCAGACCGAAAGUAGGGAAAUUUUUUGAAUAUGAUCUUUUUAAUGAUUGUACUGAAUUACAAUAUUGUUUCCUUUUAAGGCUAUGCAGUAUAUAUGUCAUGUCUGCUUAGCACAUUUUCUCUAAUUCUAUAACAACUAAUCGCAGAGCCGAUGGUUGAGAAUAUAUGAUUAUUUUG